CCCGAGUUUAUUUUCACUAAAAAAUGCCGUUAACACGUUCUACCGCAGAGCAAUGUUCAACAUCAGCUACUGGCCAGAAUCCUACUGCUGUCGAUGCACCCACCCCUAAUUUAUCCAUUGCCAUGAAAAUUCCUCGUUUCUGGAAAGACAAUCCGGUUCUUUGGUUUGCACAAAUUGAAGCUCAAUUUGCAUUACACAACGUAACCAAUGAAAGGACCAAAUACUUUAUCAUCUUGGCUGAUUUGGAUGCUGACGUACUUAGCCAGGUGAGUGAUAUCGUUAUGAAUCCUCCCAACGAUGCGUAUAAGCAAAUAAAACAACGCCUAAUUGAUCAUUUCUCUGUUUCCGAGGAAAAUCGCAUCAAAACAUUAUUGACAAAUGUGGAAAUCGGAGACAAAAAGCCAAGCGCACUUCUCCGAGAGAUGAAAAAUUUGGCUAAUGGUGGUGUUACGGAAGAUUUUUUGCGAACAAUGUGGUUACAAAGAUUACCAUCCCAAACUCAAGCGAUUUUAGCAACAUCUUCCGAAACUUUAGAUAAUCUUGUUAAAAUGGCUGACAAGAUUGGUGAUAUACAGAUUCCACGAAACGCAAACGUAGCUGAAAUUACUAGUGCUAGUGAAUUAUCUGAAAUUAAAGCUCAAAUCCAAAGCAUCAACACUGCUCUACGCAAUCUCAACACAUCCAGGAGAAGCAGAUCGAGAGGAUCACAUGGUAGUUCCAGUCGAAACUCUUCUUCUGGUAAAAUUUGUUAUUAUCACCGUAAAUUCAAAAACAGAGCUCGAAAGUGUCGUCCUCCAUGCUCAUUUGUAAGCAAUCAGUCGGAAAACUAACA